AAAUUCGUAAAGAUAGAAAAAAAUUAGAGGCUUUACUGUUAAAUAAAGAAGAAUUAUUAGGUCUUAAAGAACUUAUUAGUUUAUUAGAAUCUUUUGCUUGUGCAAUAUGUCUAAUGGGUGGUAAUACAUAUCCCACACUCUCUCUUAUGCUUUCAACAAUUGCAACCCUUCAAGAACACUUGUUUAAACUAGAAAAAAUCCUUACCCAUCAAGUUAUUUGUGACAUUAGAAAUGAGAUCGAGCUUAAUAUAGCCGAUUAA